AUGUGGCGCGCCUGGUUCUUCAUCCUGUGCUUAGUGCCAGCCAGUCGACAAAUAUCAAUCACAGAGUUCACAGUACCACACGCUGUGCAAGCUGGAGAGGAUGCGGAGUUACACUGCAGAUACGACUUGAACAAGGACGAGUCAGACAAGGGAUUAUACGUAAAAUGGUGGUGGACGCCACUAAACGGCACUAGUGAACAAAUGCACCAACUUUACCAGAGGAUCAUCGGACGCGACCCUAUGAUAAUUACGAAUACAAUUCAACUAGAGUCACUAGAAAAUGAUGGAAUUCGAUUACUAAACAUGACUCCUGCAGACUCUGGGACCUACGAGUGUGAAGUUUCAAAUAUUAAUGAAAUAAGGCAACAUCAAGAAUUAAUUGUGUAUUCCAUGGGCAGCGGUCCGCAACUUAAUGUCUCCGUUGCGCCAGAUGGACCUGACGAAGACGAAGAGGAAGACGUGUUGGUCACGUGUGAGGCGCAUGACGUUGCUCCAUAUCCGGACAUUUCUAUUACAGUGGACGGAGUCUCUUUUAAUACCUCCGAAAUCGUAGAAGGUCCCAUUGAAGGAAUGUAUGAUAUAAUUGCUAACGCAACCGUGACCAAAGAGACGGCUGACGGUGCGGAAAUUCGUUGUGAAUUAUUUUAUAAAAAUGACAAUAUCUCUCAUCCUGUUUUUGCCAACAUCGAAACUUUCGAUAUAUCAGGGGUCGAGCUAUCCACUACAGAGGUCCCCGAGAACUCCACUGUUGCAGAUGUUGUCUCCGAAACUUUACAAAAUAUAAAUGGCGGUAAGCAACUCGACAGUUCCUUGCUUCUAAAUCUUGGGCUACUGUUACCUGCAUUGUUUUGCUGUAAUAUGUUAAUG